AAUUUACUGCCGAAAUCAACGAAAGAUUUUGGCUCAAAACGCUACUGGGACAGUUUUUUUGAGAAACGUAAAGAUGCUUUUGAAUGGUAUGGAGAAUAUUCCGACCUAUGUGGUGUACUUCAUAAAUACUGUAAGCCUAAAGAUCGAGUACUAGUUGCAGGUAUAUAAAGAGUACUAAUUUAUUUUAUAAUAAUUAACAAUGUAUUUGGAAGUUGUGAUGUGGGGUGUAUAUUACCAAAUCAAAUAUGGCCAUCACUGGCCAUGGGUGCAUGGUGGGAUGUUAACAACAAACACAAGUAAGAAACUAGUGAUUGACUGAUUGUGCAGCAAUCGGAAAUUACCUAUUAUUCAUGGCACAAUCUACCCGAUGUGGAUACCGAUUUUAUAAUGACUUCAAUAAUUGAAGUCACUUCAUAAUAUCAGUUGACCCAGUAAAGUUGACGUCAUUCAUGUCGUCGUCAUUCAUUACUGCAACCAAAUAUCAUUGAAACUAGGGGUGAGCCGAUGUCUAAAAAAAGCCGAUUACCGAUACCGAUUGUUAACAGCCGAUAUUUACCCACCAUCGGCCGAUUAAUCGGCAAAACCGAUGGUCAUCUUAAUUUUUUUACUAAUGUAUCCUCUCGUCAAAAGACUAAAAAAAUGCAGCAACAGGAAGCGAUAUUUUUAACACUGAUUCUGAAAUCCACAGCGUGCUACGUACUGACUGGUCAACGGAAGUUACGGAACACAAUAAUUUAAUUAAUUAAUAAAUCUUGCAGAAAUGCCAGAAAAGUGAGAAAACAACUAUGAAAAAAUGCGGGAAAUUGGUAAACAUAGUGUUUCCACUUUCGUUUCGAUAAUUGUUUCCACACCAAAUAUUUGAAUUUCAUUUUUUUAUAACACUGCUGACCAUACAAAUGGUGGAAGACAAUGGCCGAUUGUGAAAGACUAGGUUUUGCCGAUGUUUUGCCGAUGAUCGGCUCACCUCUAAUUGAAACCGUUAAUAAAUGGCAUGCUUUACACAUUAAUUUAACAUAUUGUGUUAAAAAACAAUGUGUAUCAAUCUGCAAUGCAUAUUUUCUCAACAAUCGGUUUUAGACAAUUAUCGAUAAUUCUACCGAUUCCAAUUGUCUACUGAUAAGACAAAAAUCGAAUCAAAGGGGUGCCGUUUACCUGUCAAUCACUAUACAGGGUUCGUACGGGUCCUGGAAAACCUGGAAAGUCAUGGAAUUUCAACAUUCCAAAAUCCAGGCCUGGAAAUCCCGGAAAAUCAAUGUUAGUCAUGGAAAGUCAUGGAAAAUUGAAAUUUUACAUAACAUUAACAAAGUAUUUUUAUAAUUACUUAUUUCAAUUUACCUGUCAUAACAAUAAUAUGAAUUGUUGUUGUAUAACGAAUUUUUGCAAGAGCGAAGUGAAUUUUGUUCUUUUAUUAUAUCUGUUAUCGUUAAAAUAUUAACGAAUUUCAGAAAUUCCAGUCUUCCAGGUCAUGGAUUUUGGAAAAAAUGGUCAUGGAAAGUUGUGGAAAAGUCAUGGAAUUUUAAAUGGGAGAAAGUGUGAAACCACUACUGAGUUUGUUGGUGUAUUGCCUGACCUACUAGUACUUAGUCUCCUGGAUUUUGGAGGCAUCUCCUACAUGAAGACAAUUUGAAAAAAUCCCCUCAUUACAUGUCUUUUAAUACUUGCAACGAUGAAGUGUUGGGAGUGCUUUUAAUGCAGUCCAUUUAGUGAUGUCCGUUAAUGUUCAUUAUAUUGGCUCAAUAUAUUAAUUCACACAAUAACCCUUAUACAAUGUAGCCUGCGAACAGGCUCUCAAGCUGAAUUGAGAGCCUGCAUCAAUGACUAAUGAAUUUGAAUAUCUGCGUCUGAAAUCGUGACGCGAAAUUCUCAUUGGUCAGAUGCUAUAAUUUAUAUUAUUCCGCUGAGCUCUAUAUAUGUCAACUGCUCUAUGCACAAAAAAACACAUUAACUGAUCAAAUUGGUCUUGGCCAUCUUAUCUCAAAGCACGAAAUGUUCUGUUUUGAGAAAACAGUAUUUAAAACAUUUAAACUUUUGCUUCAAUAUCCUAUAUUUCGAAAAACAGUAUAAACUGUACAGUCUAAAUUUAGUUUGCAUGGUCUAAAUUUAGUUUGCACGAAAGUUGUAAACAACACCAUAUAAGGAUAGACAUUCCAUAUGUGGAAAAACGAACGUUACGGGGCAGAUAUUCAAAUUCAUUAGUCAUCGAUGCAGGCUCUCAAUUCAGCUUGAGAGCCUGUUCGCAGGCUAUAUACAAUGAGGAAACCCUUGUCAGGAUUCAUGCCUGUGGAUGGUGUCCAUGUCCUUUAUACAUGGCGAGUUGCUCAUGCACGGAUGCACCAUUAUGCACAUGUGUUUUGUAGCAUGUUGCAUGUCAAUUGCUGAUGUUAUUUAGGCCCUGACGAAAACAAACAAGCUUGACAAAAUUAUCAACAUUAGUUGGUGACCCAAGGCACUUUUUGUACACCAUGUGCACAAUGACUCAAUAUACACAUUUAUUUUUCAAUUUAACCCAUUAAGCUGCAGAGUUUCCCCAUUGACGAGUACAAUCGUCUGGCAUUAAACAGGUAAAAAAAAUAAGUAGGGCGCACUGUGGCACAUUGCGGCUGAAUUUAAUAACAGUAAUAUUUAUUGUUCUGGCAAAAAGUAGCCAAUCCAUAAAAUAAACUUAAAUAUGUCCCUGAACUAGUUUCUUCAUCAUGAAAAAGGUGCUUCACAACUAAAUAUACGUUGUUUUGAGGCAUGCAUUAAACAACUACAGUUAUAUUUAAUUUUGCCUAGUGACUUAAUGCUGUAUUGUAUUACAAAAGUCUUUCUUAAUAUAAAAAUAACCAAAAAUGAAAAUGGUCUUGAUAAUACAAAAAAAAAAUGUUAUCAAAGAAAAUGACAUUUUUGAGUGUUUUUUUAAAUAUUAAUAGCUACAAUCAUUGACAAAACAUAUUUGGGUAACUUGAAAAACUUUUUUUUCUGUGUUGGUGUAUUGUACUCAGGUGAAUAUGAUGCUUGUGAUGUUACUCUGAGUGUACAGGGUAUAUCCAUACCGGGCAAGCUUGAAAAAGGUCGUAGGUUCGAUUCCCACCGUGGACAGGCAUAUUUUUGAAAAACAUUGCUGCUUGCUAAUUUGUCAAGAAUUCAAUGAUUCCAAAUUAAAUGCAACAAAAUUUUAUUGUCUCGUUUGUGAAAGAACGUUUAAAAUUAUCUAGUAUAUGACUAUAAAAUAAUGUUACAGAUUUUUCAUAUCUGGCUUGAUUCUUGAAAUAUUUUGACUGAAAGCUUUGAGCUGUCUGUCAUCUUGGAUUUAUUUAAUGAGGACAUGCGUAUGAUUGGAAAUAAGUAGGCAAACAUAUUAGACAAACAUUAUUAGACAAACAUUAUAAGUAUUAACAUUUUUUGUGCCUUUUCUGGACGCCAUGUUAAUUUGUUGUUAUUCCAUGUUUAUUAUCUAAAGAACCUGUUUAAACUUAACAAUAAAAUACUUGAAAUUAUGGUGCCAUGACGAUGAUGGAAGACAACGUCUAAUAGCAUCAGGGAGAACACACAGAGCACAUUUAAGUUUAUAGAAGAAAAUUACGGAACUGAAAGAAGCAGAAGAUGAUCAAAACGAGCAACUUCAGCAGAAAGGCCAGAUACUAUCAGAACUGGACAAUAAGAUAUUUGAACUAUUCACAAAACCUGAAGAUUUGUAAGCGGAUAUAUUACUUAAUGUACAUCACUGUACAUCACUUAAUGAAUGGAAUCUUGAUGAGCUCCGAAAAGCAAUGUGCAGAGAAACCAACAUAUUGGAAGUAGGCGAAACGAAUCACCCAAAUGAAUUUUUUCCAGACCCACACACCGCAGUAUUUGCCAUUGGAAAUGACAAGACUCACCAACAAGCCCCGUCAAUCACCAUCUAGAUCAAUAAAACGAACAUGUGUUUACUGCAAAGGUUCCCAUAGUCCAAAUAACUGUGCUGUCAUAACUGACAAGAAACACGAACACAACAUGGUGCAAGAUUCCAAAUUAUGUUUCAAUUGUCGUAAUGAUAAUUACAUAGUGCCCCAGCGCAAGUCAAGAGGUCGGUGCAAAGCUUGUCAUCGCAAACAUCACACAGGCUUAUGUUCAGUAGAAAUUUCCCUACCUCCCUACUAUAAUAAACAAGACCCAACCCAAAGGUUCAAAACCAGUUAGUAUAAACACCAACCCAACAGGACACAUAGCAACACCCCCAACCAUUUCACCCACAAACAUUCCCACAAAAAUUCAACAUCUAAGUGAAAAUAAACACAAGUCGAGAUUGUUGAAUACAGCUAUGUACUGUAUCUCCCCCACUUGAGUACCAUGAGUCAAUAGUUAGUGCACGCAUUUUGCUUGACGAAGGGUCUCUUGACCAGUAGCGUAGCCAGGAAUGUGGGUCUAACAACUGAACGGGAGGAACCCUUUCCCUCUCCACAUUCGGUGGGACAACCACGUCAGUAAGAAGAGUUGAAGUAGGUACCAUCACAUCAACGUGCAAACUCCUGUUGAGAAAACAUUCCCAUUGAAGCUAUCAUUGUUCCCAAAAUGUCUGCUCUUUUACCAAAUUUUACCAGCGUUGACUUGCAUACAGCACUUUCAUUUGCACACCCAAUAAUGAAUGAACGCACCUUUGAAAUUGAUCUACUGAUUGGAACGGAUCAUUAUUAGGAUGUCGCUGAAGACGAAGUAAUUAAUUAAUGGUUCUGGUCCGACAGCGGCGAAGUCAAAGAUUGGUUAUCUCCUGUCAACAAGAUGGUCACAUCUCUGGGGUUGCUAGCAGCCAAGUUGGUCCAUUUCUCCAGAUUUCUGAUGCAUACAGUUGAUGGAUGGUGAUACCUGAGGUUAGUAAAUCUGAGGGGUUAUCUUCUGUGCGACAGUAUAUUCAGUUAUCAAUAGAUGUGAGAGUUUUGAUUUCUGCAACCCGGCUGGCAACGUAUAAAGUUUUAUGUUGUUUUGUACUGUGAAGCCAGUGGAGAUCGAAGCUGCCGUUACUUCUAAAUUGGGAUAAAGUCAAUUUCGACGUCCAAAUUCAAAUUCGUCUUUCUUACAGUACUUGCUGUCACAACGUUUAAAAUGGUGGUGUUUAACCGGAAUGUUUGGUUGAACCCUCAAAUCACCUCUUGCUAACCCAAACUGAGGAUCCCACAAACGAAGAAAAUGUAUCGACAACACCUGAAGAUCCUUAUAAACAGCCUGAAUUUCAUCAUCUAAUACCAAUCUCUAAAUUUAGUAGUCUCUCACCUCACGACUAUUCAACGUCGCAGCAUACGUUUUACGGUUUGUGAAAAACUAUAUCAAGAAAAAACAGAACGCACAGCAAUUGACAUACCAUAACGAAAUAAUCUCGCGUCGAAAAGGGCACAACUAGUACCUUUAGUACGCUAACUUCGUCUAUUCAAGAAUAAAUUUGGCCUUCUUCGCUCAAGUGGGAGAAUACACACCGCGCCGCUGGCAGAAUCAACGAAAUUCUCAAUAUUCUACCACGGAAAAAUGACCUCACGAAGCUCGUGAUUUUCGAAAUACACGUCCGCCAGUUGCACUCGGGUGUAAACGCAACACAGACGGCGCUACGUCAACGAUAUUGGAUUCGUGCCGGACGAUAACUCGUGAAGAAGAUCAUCAAUAUAAUCCACCAGAUCCACUACCAUUGCCGAAAGCAAGACUUCAACAGAUACGACCAUUUGAAAUCACAGGUGUUGAUUUGAUUUCAGUGAAGCAUUAUACAUAAAAGAAUCUGGGACAGGAAAUAAAGCAUGCCGCCACAAGAGCUGUACAUCUCGAGAUUGUUACGAACUUGUCGGUACCAACGUUUAUCCCAUACUUCCUCUUGUGCAGGAAAGACCAGGGUCUUUCUUUCUUUGUCUUUUUUUUUCUUUCUUUCUGCUGUGGCUGGUCACGCGCCACGCAGAUUUUGCGUCGUAAAAUGAAAUUUGUCUGUGGGUAGGGUGGUAGAGGUGUGUGUUUGUCGUGUUUGGAAAAUUGAAAAUUCCUCCACAAGAAGGAAGAGCCUGGGAACGAGGUUGCGUUUAUCCUUGCAUUCCGUAGAUUUGCUGCUCGGAGAGCACUACCCAAAUUAGUGAUGUCAUAUAAUGCUUUUACAUGCAGUACUUGUCCACAGCGGAAGAAAUUGUUUGAAUCACCGAUAUAGUGAAAGAGACACUCAAUAGACAGAAUGCAGAAUGGCAAUUCAUUCCAAAGAGAGCACCAUGGUAUGGCGGCUUUUACGAGAGAUUGAGAAGACUGACGAAAACAUGUUGGAGUAGCUUCAGUGAAUUUAGUAAUGCUACAAACCCUCGUUGUGUAGUCGAAGCCAUUUUAAACGACAGACCAUUGAUAUACGUGUGGGCAGACCAGCAACCACUUACACCAUCACAUCUCUUAUAUGUAUGGCAGAAGAAUAACAGCCCUACCGAACUUCGACGAAAAUGUGGAGAUCCAAAGAAUCGCCGAGAGAUUAGUGCUACUUCUACAAUACUUUGACCAACGUUGGGGAUAAGAGUACAGUAUCUAUAGAAUAGGAGACGUUGUACAAGUACAUGAUGAUAACUCUCGACCAACAUGGAGAUUAGCAGUGAUCGAAAGUUUAAUUCGAGGACGAGAUAACGACCCUUUACCUGAGUACAUAACACCAACUAAAUCUAUAUGUCAACCUAUCUAAAUCUAGAACUGUAUCAAUUUAGUCACCAGGAAAUUUGGUCAAAAAAAUUAUUUGUGUCAGUCACGCGAGUCAUUGUUUAGCACAUGGUUUAGCACAGCCAUUUCAUUACGACUGGCGUGACGAAGUCACACAAUUUUAGGGUUAAAGACGAUAAUCAUAUAUUGUAAGAGGACUCGGAUACAGUGACUCGGAUAUAGCGAUAUUUUUUUUAUAUAAACUUUAUUUAACUGUUUGCCCCAAAAGCCAUGCUUAUCGAGGGGGCUCACGUGUAAAAAAAAAGGAUAUAUAAAAUUAUUUACACCAAAUAACACACAAAUAAACAAACAAAAUAAGACAGUGUUACAGAAAAGACAAGAUACAUAAACGCACAAAGCAUUGCUAGGAUAAGCGACAAGUAUCCAAAAUAAAACAUAUUGGACAGCACCGAACAAUAAACGAUUUUCAUCAAAACUUAAUUGAACAGAACCGUUCAAUAAAAAUUCAAGUUUUCCAUUGUCGUUGCUCGUUAGCCAUACUUUUCCACAGACUUGUGCAGCAGAGGUAAGAAGGUAAGAAGUUCAUUACGUUGAGCAGCAAAACGAGGACAUAAUAAAAUGUAAUGUUUAACUGUUUCAUUUUUAUGGCAACAUAUAUACAUAAAGCCUUAAAGGAGAAUUACAACAAUUAAUUAUAUACAAAUAGUCAUUAAGCGCGCAAAAACCUAAUCUUAGUCUUGUAUGUAAAACAGAUGCCUUCCUCGUAAGAGAAAAAUUUAACCAUUUAUUAUAACAAAGCGGAUGAUAAAUCUUAUUUAUUUUCAACUUAAAGUUUGAAAGAGAAGUUGAAUUUCUGAUGUCAAUAUCAAGAGUAUUCCACAACGAAAUCGUGGAAGGAAAGAAUGAUUUCUUAAAUUUUUCAGUUCUACACUUAUAUUGACUAAUAUUAUGACCAGACCUUAACGGAAUAUAAGACCUUUCAUUAACCAAUUUUGGUAAAAGCUCAAGUAUAGAGGAGAAUAAUUAUAAACUAUCUUAUAAAAAUAAGAUAAUUUAUGAAUUUUUCUUCUAAUGCUCAACUCCUCCCAGGCCAGUUCUUGACGAAGACUAUUCGAACUAGUAGUACCUUUAAUGGCCCCAGUAACAACUCUAGCUGACUGAUACUGAACACUUUCAAGUAACUCACUAUUCCCGGCAGUACAAUUAUCCCAAAUAAUAUCGCCAUAUUCCAUUAUUGGCCGAAUAAAACUUUUGUAUAAACAAGCGAGAGUUGAUUUAUCAAUUUUGAACUUCAAUGGUUUUAACAUAUUUAAUCGUUGAGAUGCCUUUUCAUAAACUGAUAAAAUAUGAUUAUUCCAAUUAAGACAUAUUACUUUGAAAAGUCAAACCCAGAUGAAUGUGCGAGACGACUUCAUCAAUAGGACAGCCUCUCAUUGAAAGUACCGGAUGACAUUCUUUCUCUUUUUUGUUGGAAAAUGUCAUAGAUUUAGUUUGGAAAAUGUCAUAGAUUUAUUUUAUAGCGAUAUUUGUAUAUCGCUAUAUCCGAGUCGCUGUAUCCGAGUCCUCUUACAAUAUAUGAUUAUCGUUUUUAACCCUAAAAUUGUGUGACUUCGUCUUCGUCACGCCAGUCGUAAUGAAAUGACUGUGCUAAACCAUGUGCUAAACAAUGGGCUGACCUCCUACUCGAGCAAAGAGUAUACUCUGAAUCUAAAUUUAGUUUGAAGAUGACGGGCCUUCGCCUACGCAGAAGCCUUUACGGUUUUAAUGUAUUUACAGUAGUGUUUAGAUCAUAGAAAUAAUAGACAUGCAUAGAAUGCGUACUCCUAUCUUUUCUCAGUAAAAAUUUUGUCUCCACAAAAAGGCGGAUUUAUAAGGGCAUUUUGGCUAGUCCCAGACUCCUGCGGCAAGGAAUUUCGUGCGGUUGCAGGGAGUGCGGAUUUUUUUUCAACAAAGUUUUCAAAACUAACAAUAAUAUAGAGACUUGAAGUGGAAAAAAAGUUUUUUAAAAGAGAAAAACCCAUUCCAGUGGGGUUUUUACGAAAAGCAAUAGUUCUGAACAGAAUAUAUACAGAAUCGUCGUUUGAAAAUACAUUUUCAACGUUGUUGUGCAAGCUAAAACAUGUUUUUAUACGAAAGAUCCAGACAAACUCAAACUCAAUACUAAGGUAUUUUCUAAAAAUAUUUCAGCUGUUUUAUAAUAUAAAUGGUGUUUGGUAAUCUUUUUAAACUUUCGCACCUUACUACUUUUUUAUAUAUUUUUACGUUGCUUGAGCUUGAGGCAACGCUUUUGAAACCAUAGUUUUCAACGAUUAUUAGGGACCGUUUAUCGACAACUAAAUAUUUUUGUUUCAAGAACAUGAAAACACUUCGUUUUAUAGAUUGAAGAAAAACGAAACCCGACGAACUAUCAUUUCCUAGUUUAAUCAAAUAUUGGCAAAGCAGUUACUGCUCUGAACGAGCAGGCACAAAUUAUAUAAAAAUUAUAAAUUAUAUUUUAAUACGCGAAACUAGUUUGUUUUUCAAGACUGCACGAUUUUCACCUUUUUGUCAAUAACUGCACAUUUGCUUUGAGCCUUUAAAAUUUCAAAUAUAUCCCCAAACUACAAAUUAGACAACAAGACAAAGCGUUUUGACGAUGAAAACUUAGUUUUAGCUUUGUUUAUACUUUGUAGUUUGCACUCCUGCUCAAAUUCAACAUGGCGGAUUUAUAAGGGCAUUUUUGUUUUCAAUUUGGACACCGGUCACGUGACCAAGCACGCAUUCUAGGUCUAAUAUUUCUAUGAUUUAGAUCUAUAUUUAGUGGGCUCAGAGCGAGGUUUACAACAUCCCUUAGACCCUAAUGCAGAUUUGUAAGCGUGUUGCUUGAUUGGCUUGCUCAAGAAUCACAAAUAUACUGUUGUCUCCCUCAUUCUAUUUACAAAAUCGGUAUGUCGGUAAUCCCUCACGCGAUUUAUAUGGUCUAUGGAACUAUUUUCUGUGUUUUCAUGUGUUGUGGUAAAGGUUAAAAAACUGCUGAUUGCAUGCUCUUAGGAUAUUUUCUGUAUUGUCUUAACCCUCGUGGCUUCAAACACUUCCUACAUGAAUAUGGAAAAUUACAAAACUAGAAGACAAGUGGGAGUGGCUGCACACCCUCCCCGCUCACCUGUUAUACCGCUUUGCCAUUGAACACAACACUUUAAAAAGUAUUGAAUGAUCGAUUGCAUGAUUGAAUAAUUAAUUGAUUAAUUCAUUGCAUGAUUGAUUGACAGGUUGUGGCAACUCUAAACUGAGUGAAGAUCUGUAUGAUGUUGGCUAUCAUUCGUUGGUUAAUAUGGAUAUCUCUGAAGUAGUCAUUAAACAAAUGAAUGCAAGAAACAAUGCAAAACGUCCGGAAAUGCAGUUCAUGAAAAUGGAUUUGCUAGAUAUGAAAUUUGAUAGUGAAAGUUUCCAAGUUGUACUGGAUAAAGGAACGUUAGAUGCAAUUUUCACCAGUGAUGAUAAGAAGAUAGCUGAAAAUGUUGAGAAGAUGCUUGGGGAGAUUACACGAGUCCUGAAAGUUGGUGGCCGAUAUAUAUGUGUAUCUUUGGCUCAAGAGCAUAUCGUUAACAUGCUGCUGGAGUAUUUCCCAAAUUUGAGCUGGUUCAUUCGAGUUCACACAGUGGAAACACCGUCAAAUGCAUCUCCAUUGCCUGUAUUUGCAUUCGUGUUUACAAAAACUAGGCCAAAACCUGACAUAUCAAUAAUAAUGCCCCAGAUAUUGGAGAUAGUAACUGAUUCCUCUGAGAAAAUUACUAGAUUGGACAGUGUGGAAAAACUACAUCAAUCUAUUCAAGCAGUUCAAGAAUAUGCCUUAGUUAAGAAACAUUUGGAAACUCUUCAUCCAGGAGACGAUUUCCAGAUUGAUUUGUGGGCAGCUGAUAACACCACAGACCCUAGGUAUACUGUAACAAUUGUUGAUUUGAAACCUUCAAAGUCUCUUGCAGGAAAAUUUGCUAUUUUCAUUGUUCCCCAAGGCCGAGAACAUGAAUGGAUGUUUUCAAUCAAAGAAGGUCAGAAGCAACUAGCUAACUCGGCAAGUUUCGAGCGACUUGUCAUUGUAGCCCUUAAUAGAGGUCAUUCAUAUGAAAGUAUUAAUAAGAUUAAAGAGGAAUUAUCUGGUAAAGUUAUGGAAUUCGCCCAGAGUGGCGUUAAUUCAGCUUCCCAAGUACCUUUUCUCUCAAUCGGUGAUGAUGUUGGCCAUCGGAAGGUUGUCCAUCGUGGUAGUUCAACAUAUACUGGCGACUAUGUCAUUGAAGAUGUGGAAAUUGAUCGUGAUGAAAUGUUUCGUCAUCUGGUCUUUCUCUCCAAUAAGAGUGUUGUGCAGUCGGAAGCAAAGUUAUGUCAAGUUGUGAAGCAGGCACAAAGCAAGUCAAGUAAAAAGAAAAAGAAUGCUAAGAAGACCAAACCAUUGAAUGUUGACUUGUCGUACCUAGCAUGCCAACACCAUCAAGCAAUCGUAGCUGGUUUUGCUUUACUGGAGAAGAAUCAAAGUGAUGAUGUGCAACUACUUUUGAUUGGCCUCGGUGGUGGAAGCUUGCCAAUGUUCAUCUACACUCAUUUUCCUCGCAUUUAUACAACGGUAGCUGAACUUGAUCCAGAUAUUGUUGAUGUGGCGAAGAAUUGGUUUGGUUUUCAAGAAAGUGAAAGAAUGACGUUGAUUGUUGAUGAUGGUCUGGAAGUUUUGAAAGAAAACUCAAAGAACUAUGACAUAGUUGUUUUUGAUAUUGAUUCAAAAGAUACAUGCAAGGGUCUGAGUUGUCCUCCAGCUGUGUUUGUCGAUAAAGAAACUUUGAAAUGUGUGAAAGCGAUGUUGUUUCCUGGUGGAUUGUUCUUUCUGAAUCUUGUGUGUAGAGAUCAAGAGAGAAAUGAUGAAGUAAUAAAGUCUAUCCAUCAAAUGUUUCCUGCAGUUUGCAAAAUAGAUAUUGAAAAUGAAGUCAAUGAAGUCUUGAUCUGUAGUGAUUCAAAGAUGACAACAGAACUGUCCAAGGUCACAAAGGGUGGAAGAAAGUUGCAGGAACAGAUUGUAGCAGUAAGCCCGUCAUCAAAUGUUCAAUUGGCAUCUUUUCUGGAAAACCUAAAAUUAUUUAGCUAAACUACGUUUUCACUAUAAAGGUUUUCAAUUGCAUAACUUUACGUGCAUGAACAUUCAACUGAUUCAAUCAACUCUUUCUGAAAUUAAAGGACACGUAUAAUAACUGAGUCCGAGACUGAGCGUAUAGGCCCGUUACAUCUGCAAUUUUCUCGGUGAUUUCUACGGCGAUUUUCGGUUUUUAAUCUCCAAUGUAAAAACCCUACGAUUUUAACUGCAUGGUGAUACAACACUGCGAUUUGCAGCGAUUUUACCAUUUUAAAUUUUCAAUACCUCAUUCACGUUUACAAGCAAUACAAGGUCAAAGAUUUUUGUUCUAAUUAGGUAGUUUGUCGCUGUUUUCUUACAACUAACAAGUGAUUGGAUGUAGAAAAAAUUGCCGACUGCUCGUCUCCUUAAUUCUGUUUAUUCUAUACAAAUACAGCGUAAAGCUGCAAGAUUGAUGUCAUGCAAGAUGUGUCUGAAAUUAAAAACUAGACCUCUAGAGUGAAUAAAGCGUGAUUAUAAAACUGUAUUUAACUAGUAACUACCAUGGCCAUGCAUGCACUCCCGCACAAACGAAUAUAGAAAGUACAAAGACCAAAGUAUAAAACGCGGUAUUUAGUCUAGUAUUCUGACAUACUUUGCUUUUAUAUUGUUAUUGCGCUAUUUUUCUUUAUACUAUAUCGAAAGCAGUCAAUUUCCUUAUUCACAUAUGUUAUUGUUAGCUCACUGCAUAGUCUACAUUUUAUAUAGUAGAUUUACCUGCGGAUAUUGCUUUUAAAAACAGCGUGAAAUGAAGAAUUUUAAGUAUUUAUAUAUGUUUAUGCUGCUUGGCUUUGACUGCCUUCAUUGAAGCAAUGAAGAACAGUCUUAUGUUGUUCACAUUUUUGUGAAAAAUCGCAGCGAGUUGUCAUAAAUUUCGAGCACGAUUUAAAAAGUUGAACUAUAGUUGAAUCCAUCACGUCAGCCGCAGCAAAAAUUACAAAUGUGAACGGGCCUUCUACCGUCGAUAUACAGAUUACAGUACAUACUGAAUGAAGGUUGAAUGUGAUGUUGUUUCUGACUAGUUUUUUGAAACGUAUUAAAUUUUACAAUGCAGGAGGAACUGGGAAGCCAUACGGGGGAAAAUGGAAAAUGGGGAAAGUCGCAGUGUACGUCGUAGGGCCCUGAAAUUCGUAUCGCCGGCUUCCUACGGCUACACUCAAUCAAGAUCAAGCAUUGCAACACGAACACAGUUUCAAUACAUAUUUCUAGAGAACUACUUGACACUUGUUUAAUUAACUAGUUCUUUGUGAUUGCUAAAAAUUCACUUCCACCAGCUGCAAACCCUGCAACAAAAUAUAAAACAAUGUAUUUUAUAUUCAGAUACUUCUCAAAUAUCUUUCAUAACAAAGCUAUAUAUAGCG